AUGGGAUUUGCGGUCCUUUUCACUCUCCUCUCCCUGGUGACAUCAUCAGUGUGUGCUGGAGUGGGCGGGGCCAGUCAAGCUGGCGCCGUGCUGUGUCCCCUGCAGUGUGUGUGUGAGACGAGGCCCUGGUACACCCCACAGUCUGUGUACCACCAGGCCAGGACGGUGGACUGUAACGAACUCCAUCUGCAGAGAGUACCAGCCAACAUUUCAUCUGACACACAGGUUCUGCUGCUGCAGAGUAACAACUUCUCCUCCAUCACUACCGAACUGCAGAGCCUGACCAACCUCACCGAACUGGACCUGUCACAGAACCACUUCACACAGGUGAGCUCUAUAGGUCUUUCCUCUCUGGGCCGGUUGGUGACUCUGUACUUAGAGGAGAACCACAUUGAGGAGUUGGAGGAUUUCAGUCUGAGGAACCUGUCCAGCCUGGAGGAGCUCUACAUCAACCACAACCACAUCUCCUCCAUUGGACCCAAAGCCUUUGCUGGACUCACCAACCUGCUGCGGCUCCACCUGAACUCCAACCGGCUGGUGGCCAUCGACAGUCGCUGGUUCGAGUCCUUGCCGUCCCUGGAGAUCCUGAUGAUCGGGGAGAACCCCAUCCUUGGUCUGGAGGAGAAGAACUUCCUACCUCUGUCCCGCCUCCACAGCCUGGUGCUGGCUGGGAUGGGACUGGCCUCGGUCCCCUCUGCCGCCUUCCUGGGCCUCGACUACCUGGAGAGUCUCUCCUUCUUCGACAACCGGCUCAGGUCUGUUCCUCGGGACGCUCUGAGCAUGCUCCCUAACCUGAAGUUCCUGGAUCUGAACAGGAACCCGAUCAGCCGAGUCCAGCAGGGAGAUUUCCAGAACCUUCAGCACCUGGAGGAGCUGAGUCUGAACAACAUGGACGAGUUGUUGAUGGUGGAACGAUCAGCUUUCCAGAAUCUUCCAGAAAUCGCCAAACUGGAGCUCUGCAACAACCCUCGACUGUCUUACAUCCACCCCCAGGCCUUCAGCGAGCUGUCCUCCCUGCGGACUCUCCUCCUCCACAGUAACCAGCUCAGCCUCCUCUCUGGGGACCUCCUGUCGUCCCUCCCCUCCCUGGAGGAGGUGUCUCUGCACUCCAACCCGCUGCGCUGUGACUGUCUCUCCUCCUGGGGGCCUCACCUCGGCAACCAAUCACACCUCAAGAUGCAGGAGUCCUCCGUCACGCUCUGCUCCUCCCCGCCGCACCUGGUUGGUCGGGAGCUGCAGGAGGUGGUGGCGGUCGGGUGGGGCGCGGCCGACGGCGGCUGGGGCGGGACCAACAGCUGCUUGCCUCACAUCUCUCCUCACGCCUUCCCCCCCGCCAUCAACGUCAGUGCCGGGCAGCCAAUCACACUGGAGUGCUGGGCAGACGCUGACCCCGCCCCCCAGUUCUACUGGGUGACGCCCACUGGAGACAAGGUGAGCUCGGAGGCGAUGGCUGCACCAAUCAUAUCAGAGGAGGGGCGUGGCCUGAGCAGAAGGAAGAAGAAGAAGCAUCGAGUGUCGGAACCCGGAGCGUUAGUGAUCGAACACGCAGAACCCUGGUUCACGCCCAGUCGGUGGUGCUGGAGGGAAGUUAUAUCCCAGCGGGGGGCCCGUACGUCUGACGGUCUGACCAGCAGGCGACUCCCCCCUCCCUCUUCCCCGCUGGCUCAGUCACCGUGCACAUCGACAACCCCUCAGAUCAGCUACAGCGCAAAGGUUCCUGUUGAUGUUCAGGAGUAUAAUCUGACUCACCUCCUUCCUGCCACGGAGUACCACGUCUGCCUCACUGUCUCCUCCUCUCCUCCCUCCCUCACCUCCCCCUCUUCCUCUCCCAGCUCCUCCCCCACCCCCAUCUCUCCCUCCUCUUCCCCCUCCUCUCCUGUCCACACCUCCUGUUUGAAUGUCACCACGAAAGAGGCGGGGUUCUCGGUGGAGAUGGUGGUGUCGCGGCGCAGCAGCGUGGCCCUGGCGGCCGUCAUGGGCUCCAUGUUCGCUCUGUCCAUCAUGGCGCUGCUGGUUGUCUACAUGGGCCGCCGCGUGCAGCAGCACAAGUCCUGCGGCCACUCGCUGAAGAAGUACAUACAGCACGCCACGUCCAUCCCCCUGAACGAGCUGUACCCGCCACUCAUCACGCUGUGGGACAGCGAGGCCGAGAAGGACAAAGAUGACAAGGAGGAGGAAGAGAGGGAGGUGGGAGGGAGGGCGGAGGAGGCAGGGGGGAGUCAGAUCGACACCACAAAGACUUACAUGUGGUAG